AUGGGGUGCAAGGAAAGCGUCAUCGAGAACCAGCAGACGCUGAUGACCUUGACCCGGGCUGACAUGAGGAUGCUGCGGGACCUCAGGAGCCUCACCAUCUCCAGGUCGGGGCUGCAGCACGUCUCUGCCGACGCCUUCCUGGACACCCCCAGGCUGAGCUAUGUGAAUCUUUCCUCCAAUGCGCUGCAGAGCCUUUCCUGGAAGACCUUCCAGCAUCUGCCCCUGCAACAGCUCAUCCUGGUGGGAAAUCCCUUCAACUGCUCCUGCGGCCUCCGCUGGUUGCAACUCUGGCAGAAUGGGAGCCGGGCCGAGCUGGGGAACCAGUCGCUGGGCUGCUGGGAGGGCAGCGUACUAGUCCCCCUGGGCAGACAGCCCCUCCACGCCUGCGAGCCCCCGACCGUCCGCAUCGAACACCCCGAGUGGGUGCUGCGCCAAGGCGACAGCGUCAACCUCACCUGCCACAUCGCCGCCGAGUCACUGGCCACUGGGGAAUGGGUGGUCCCAGAGGUGGGACCCGAGCUGCCCAUCGUCACCAAGCUCUCAGACUGGGAAAUUGUCCUGGAGAUCAGCAAUGUCUCCUCUAACCUCAACCACAAAGAACUGACGUGCCGGGCGGAGAAUGUAGUGGGGCCAGCAGAGGACAGCGUGAUGCUGAAUGUCACCUUCCCCCCCGUGAUCCUUCUCCUGCAUGAAGCCAUCCCCCAACACUUCUGGUGCAUCCCCUUCUCGGUGGACGGUAAUCCGGUCCCCAGCAUCCGCUGGCUCUUCAAUGGCACAGCCCUGGCCGAGGGACCCUACAUCCACACCCGGAUCGUCGAGUACGAGCACAACUCCACCGUCCUCCACGGCUGCCUCCAGCUCAACCGUCCCACGCAUGUCAACAACGGCAACUACACCCUCCUGGUCCGCAAUCCCCUGGGCUUUGCCACCCGCAGCAUCCAGGGACGUUUCAUGGAAAACCCCUUCAGCUUCAGCCCCGAGGAGCCCAUCCCUGUGUCUCUGUCUCCACUGGGCACCAGGAACAGCUCUCUGGAGGGGCCCGUGGAAACAACGGACGAGCACACGUUCGGGGUCUCGGUGGCCGUGGCGUUGGCCGUGUUCGCCUGCCUCUUCCUCUCCAUCAUGCUCAUCGUGCUCAACAAGUGCGGGCGCCGGUCCAAGUUCGGCAUUAACCGCUCGGCGGUGCUGGCCCAAGAGGAUGACCUGGCCAUGUCCCUGCACUUCAUGAACCUGGGCAGCAGCCCCCUCUCCUCGGCAGAGAGCAAGCUGGAGGGGCUGAAAAGCAACUUCAUUGAGAACCCCCAGUAUUUCUGCGAUGCCUGCGUGCAUCAUGUGCAGCGGCGGGACAUCGUGCUGAAGUGGGAGCUGGGCGAAGGUGCCUUCGGGAAGGUUUUCUUGGCCGAGUGCUACAACCUUCUCCCAGAGCAGGAGAAGAUGCUGGUGGCCGUGAAGGCGCUGAAGGAGGUGACGGAAAGCGCCCGCUUGGAUUUCCAACGUGAAGCCGAGCUGCUGACGGUGCUGCAGCACGAACACAUCGUCAAGUUUUACGGCGUCUGCACCGAAGGCGAACCCCUCAUCAUGGUCUUCGAGUACAUGAAGCACGGCGACCUCAACCGCUUCCUCAGGUCUCACGGCCCCGAUGCCAAGAUCCUGGACCAGGGGCAGGGGCAGCCCUGCGGGCAGCUGACGCUGAGCCACAUGCUGCAGAUCGCCACGCAGAUCGCUUCGGGCAUGGUCUAUCUCGCCUCCCUCCACUUUGUCCACCGUGACCUGGCCACCCGUAACUGCCUGGUGGGCCAUGACCUGGUGGUGAAGAUCGGGGAUUUUGGCAUGUCCCGGGACAUCUACAGCACUGACUAUUACCGGGUGGGGGGCAGGACCAUGCUGCCCAUCCGCUGGAUGCCCCCCGAGAGCAUCCUCUACCGUAAAUUCACCACUGAGAGUGAUAUCUGGAGCUUCGGUGUGGUGCUCUGGGAGAUCUUCACCUACGGGAAGCAGCCCUGGUACCAGCUCUCCAACACCGAGGCCAUUGAGUGCAUCACGCAGGGACGGGAGCUGGAACGUCCUCGCACGUGUCCCUCCGAGGUGUACGCCAUCAUGCAGAGCUGCUGGCAGCGGGAGCCCCAGCAACGCCGGCCCAUCAAGGAGAUCCACAGCCGUCUUCAGGCCCUCGUCAAGACCCCCCCCGUCUAUCUGGACAUACUAGGCUGAGCGGGGACCCCCA